AUGGCGGAUAUCAGUUCGCUUAUCAACCCUCCGGAGGAGGAAAUUGCACCGUUAGUGGUGCCCAAGACUGAAAUCAUUAAAACUGAGAUUGUGAAAACAGAAACCCCAAAAACUGAAUUGGCCAGUCCUGAGACUCUUAAAGAAGAGCCAGAGGACUCAAAAGUUAGCCAGGAAACCAUACUUGAAGCCUUCACCAAAAUCAAAACACAUUUUCCCGCAGCAAGAAUAAAGAAGAUCAUGCAGUCCGACGAGGAUAUCGGGAAAGUGGCACAGGCUACUCCUGUUGUGGUUGGGCGGGCGCUUGAGAUCUUCAUGGCCAACUUGGUCGAAGCCGCGAUCAUCGAGGCGAAAAAGGCUGGUGUUCGCCGAAUUGCUGCCUCGCACAUUCGCCAGGCGGUCGAGAACACAGAGCAGUUUGACUUUGUGGUGGAUGUCGUGUCGAAGUAUCUGCCUAAGAACUAG